AUCAAGAAAGAUUUAAUUUAGAGAAAGAACUGGUAACGCUACGUGGACAAUUGGAGGAAGAAGUAGCCUUGAAAGAGGAAGCCGCCAGUGCCAGAGAAUCCAAUGAGAGUCGGAUAAUCAAAUUGGAAGAUGAACUGGGGGACUACAAAACAAAAGUUAUCUCGCUAACACGUGAAUUACAACAGUCCCAGAAUGAGCAAGAAAACGUAUCUUCACAGUCGGCUGCCAUGGCUGGUAGCUUGGAGACUAGAACACGUAGAAUUCAGGAGCUUCAGGAGCAGGUCAAUGUGUUGGAAGAACAGCUGACCCAGGCCUUACGCUCUAAGUGUGAUGCCAUGCUUAAGUCUGAAGAAGCAGCCAGCAAAGAACUUAAGGCUCAGUACAAAGAGAAAAGGUUAGAACAAGAAAAAAGCCUGUUGUCUCGCCAAGUUGAUGUAUUGCAGCAACAGAUUAGAGAACGAGCUGAGGAGAAUCUUGACCAAAGGAGAGAACAUUCCUCAACAAUUUUGAACCUGCAGGCAACUCUCAAUCGUAACAUUGAAGAGCUGCGUGUUGUCAAGGAGGAGAAAGAAAUGUGCCAAAAACAGAUUGAUGAAAAAAAUAAAAGAAUUGAGGAGCUCCUCACUGCUUUGAAUUCAUCCAGAGAGUCGGAGACAAAGUUAGACGAAAUGUACAGGCAAGAGCUUGCAGCUCAGAAGAAGUUAGCAGAAAUAUAUCAAGGGUCAGCGGAAGAUGAGAAAGAAAGGUGCGUUGAGCUAGAAAAGGCUCUUGAAGAACAUCGUCAACUAUUACAGAGCGCAAGCGAACAGUAUGGCCUUUUGGAAAGAACAAAAGAAAAAUUAGAGGAGGAACACGCAGUUGCCAGAAGACAGUCUGAGGCUUUGGUCAAGGAACUGAAGGAGGAAUUGGACAAGGCUAAUGUGCUGUUGAGUGCCAGUGCUAAGAAGGAUAGUUCAGGCCUGGAAGAGCUGUCUCCAGCAGCAAGUGCAGCAAGCAACUUGAUUAGCCGUGGCUUAAGUCUUACGCAACUGUAUUCGGAGUACAUGAAUGUUUCGGAAAAGCUUCAUGCUGUCGAAGAGGAAAACAAAAGACUCCAUCGAUAUGUAGAUGGAAUUGUAGAGGAAAUUGAGGAACGAGUGCCAGUCUUCAAGAAGCAUCGUGAAGAACAUCAAAAGGCUCUGGAAACUAUUAAUUCUUUGCAUGCCCAGUUAGAAUCCUGCUUGUCUCAAACAGAGAAACAGAAACUUGACUUGGAUGAAUCUGUGAGACGGCGAUCGUACCUGGAGAGAGAAAACGAUCGUCUAAACCAGCAGGCCAAGGACUUGAGCAAACAAGUUACUGUUCUUGUCACUCAGGUAGAAGCUGCAAGGGCUGGAUUACCACCACCUCCCAUUCCAAGAGAGAUGUCAGGCCCUACAUCAGCAGACGUCAUAUCGGAUCGCUUGGUUGCUUUCCGUAAUGUGUCAGAACUUCAGGAGCAGAACAAGAUGCUACGGGAGUCUUUACGAAAAUUGUCAGAAGAUAUGGAAACGUCAGAGGCAGCUACUAUCAGUAGUAGAACUAAAGAAAUGGAGGAGGAGCUCAAGUCUUUGAAGGGACAGUUGAAUGAAUUACAAGCACUAAGGGAACGGCAAGAGUCUCUCAUGGACAACAUUGCGAAACAGAGGGAUAUGUACAAGAGUUUCUGCAGCGAACGUUCUCCCAAGACUCAGAGAACUCCUCCUGUCAAGCAGCCCCCUCAGAUGUUUGGAGUGCCGCAGGAAGAGGUGCAGAAGCUACAGAAGGAAUUGGAGGCAGCCAGGAAAAAACUGGAGGAAACCAAUAAAGAGCACGACGAUUACAGGAUGGAAGUUAAGAAGAAUGAAAAAAUGCAGCAAGAUGAAUACAAUAGGCUUAGAAGUACAAUGGAGAAAACAAUGAGUGAGAAUGUGAAGCUGCUAUCUCAAGCCGAGUUCAAUGAUGAGCGUCUCAAAGUCUUACAACAUAACUCUGAGGUACUCCAGCGUCAACUAGGAGCUCUGCAGAAUAACAAUUCUACUUUGCAUGGCAUUGUUGGUCGCCAUGAGGGUACCAUUGAAGCACAACGCCGAGAAUUUAUGUUGCUGCAGAAGGAGCACUCCCGUAUGCAAGUGAUGUGUGAUAAUAUGAGAGAGGAAAUGAAAUUACUCAAGGAAGCUGAAGCAAGACUGCUGGCAGAAAGAGAGAGCAUAACGCGUAACCAGUCAUCCCAGGCAAUAGUCCUUGCCAAUAUUGAAUCGAUUAAGAACAACUUAGAGAGGAAUGACAGUGAAAAAACUAUGAGGUUGGAGAACCAAGUUUCUGAAUUAACAGAAAGAUGUUCCCGACUUCAAGCAAAAUUGGAAACAAACACCGAUUUUAAGGAAGCCCAGUCUAAGUUGAACAUAGCUGAAGGUCAAUUGAAGAACCUCCAGAGUGAAAACAAAAACUUGACCAAACAGGUCAUGGAUGCUAAAGCUGAGAUUAUGACACUCAAAUCAAGACUGAAAGAAACUCAGGAACGUGUAAGAACACCCAUCACUUCGCCAGUGCUGAGACCAAGGAGUCCUUUGAUAGGCAGCAGCCCUGGCGCUUCAGGAGGCUCUACCAUUAGGUUGGGUGGGCCCCAGUUGCGAGAUUUGCAGGUGCAGCUUAAUGAAGAGAAAGCAAAAGUCACAUCCUUGCAAGGAAACCUGGAUGAUGCCAAGAAGACAAUUAGUGAGUUAAUGAAUGUAACAAAGCAGCAAGAAAAGCAAUUGAAGGAUUCUGGCGACUCUUUUAAAGUUACUCAAGAGCAGUUCAUUAAGAUGCAGAAAGAGAGAGAUGAGAUGGAAGCAAUGAUAACCAGGUUACAAAGUAAACUGUCAGCUAUAAGUUCAGACAGUGAAAAUACAAAGGCCCGUUUACAAACUAUGCUUGACGAGAGCAAGGAUGAGUUGCAAGCAUCAGAGAAGAGGCUUAAGGAUGCCAAUGAAUCAUUCCAAAAAGCCAAGGAAGAAGAAGAAAGGGCAAGGAAGGAGGCACAAAAGCUUCAUGAACAAUCUGUAGAAGUGCAGAAUAAGUAUGAGAGAGAAGUAAUGUUACAUGGUACGGAUUUGAAGACUUUGGCGGAGUUGAAGAAGCGACAAGCUGAAUUUGACUCUGAAUUGCAGAAAGUUACUGCAGCAAAAAUCAAAGCCGAAGAAGCUGUGAGGGAUACUCGCCUAGGGUUUGAGAAGCGGGAAAAUAUAUUGCGUCGGGAAAACAAAGACCUGAUGGUACGAGCGCAUGAGUUGGAAGAGCAGAACAAAGCACUCUUGGAUAAUUUCACCCAGCUCUCUGAUAAAAUGGCAGCUAUUCAAGCCAAACUGUCAUCUACAGAACUGCCAGCAGGAGAUGCUGCAAAUAUAUCAAUUUCAGAAGAUGAGGCUCGUACUUCAGAUCAACUUCGUGAAGUUAUUAAAUACCUGCGGCGUGAGAGAGAUGUUGCUGCUGGAAAGUAUGAGGUGGCAGAAGCAGAGACGCAACGACUGGUUGCCCAAAAGAAACUGAUGGAAACUCAGAUUCAAGAUGUUCAGAAGAAUCUUGCUGAAGAAAGGGAGAAGAAUAAGGCAUCAUUGGAGAGUGCCAGUAACUAUGGUGAACUAAUGCGAAAAGUACUGACUGUCGAUGCUCUGGCAGACAGCAAUCGACUGCUGCGAGAAGAAAAGGAAUCGCUUGAAAGCCUCUAUGAAGAAUACAAGGCCAAGUGUGAGGUCUUGGAGAAACAGAUUGAACCAAUUAAUGAGAGACAUAAAUCCAGCUUGAAUAAGAUAGAAGCAUUAAUGUUGGAGAAGAAGAGCAUGGAAAGUGAGAAAGACCUGUAUAAGAAGAGAACACAGGAAUUAGUUGAAAAACUGAAUCAUGCUAAGCCAGAGGACUUCAUGAAGCUUCAACAAAACUUUGCAGAACAACAGAAGUCACUCCAGGCAAAGGAAAAUGAAUUAUCAAAAUUAAAACUACAGCUUCAGCAAGUUCAGAAGAGUCUUCAGAUGACCAUUGCACAAAAGAACCAGUUCAAUAGUCAGCUCCAGUCAUCUCGUGAGGAGGCUCGAAAAUUAGGGGAAGAAGUCAGGAAAACCGCUAUGGAGAAAGCACGCAUUCAGCAGCAGUUGGCAGAUGAAACCAAGAAGCUGAAUCUAGAGAGAACAAGACUUCAACAGCAGCUUGCACAAACUCAAGAACGUGUGCGCAUAUUGGAAGCAAGCGCACAGCAGUCAGAGGCUAACCAUCAGCAGGAAAUGAGGAAGCUACAGGAACAAUUCACGCAAGACAAGCAGCAGUUACAAGAAAACAGAGAGCAGGCAUUGGAAUCAAAGGGACGAGAAGAUCAGUUGCGUCACCAGCUGGAGAUUGCAAGAAAAGAGAAGGAAGAAAUUGAAUCCCAGGUGGAGGAUGCCAAACAAAAGAUUGCUGAAAUCAGUGCAAAGGCUGAAAACUUUGAAAAGCAGGCUGUACAGCUUCGCAAGAUUGCCACCAAAUACAAACGACAAGCGGAAAGCAGCAUGAGUGCAUCACCAGGAGCUCCAGAUAUGGGUGAGGAAGGUAUGGUACAGCCUACUGUUGAGAAAGUGAAGGAGUUAGAAGUGAGCAUUCACUCGUUACGUCAGAAACAGGAGAGUACGGAAGAAGAAUGUUUGAAGUUCCAGCAAGAAAUAACUACAUUGAAGGAAAAUUUGUCAACUAAAGAAAGUGAAGGACAGAACCUCAAAGCACAACUACUUAGGAAAGACGCAGAAUUUUCUAAACUCCGUGCUGAGCUUGAGGCUAAGAAGCGUGAGUUACAAUCGUCACAAAUGCUUUCGUUGCACAUAUCAGAUUUGACCAAGAGAUUAGAGGAAUCUCAAAGUAAGAAGCAGGCAUCUGAAAGCCGCCUUAUUCAGUAUGAAAAAGAGCGUGAUCAAAAUGCCAAGGAGGUGGAAAUGCUGAAUAAGAAGUUACAGAUGCAGCAGCGUCAAAUAGAAAAUCUCCAGAAACAGGCAGCUGUGACGUCAAAGCCAUCAACAAGUGGUGUGUCUUCCGAGAAAAGUGGGUUUGAACCUCCUCCCACAGCUAAUAUUAAACCCAUGAAUGCUCCUGUGGCACCUUCUGCUUCUCCACGCUCACAGACGGCCACACAGGUGGUUCCUCCUUCUCGACCUAUACCAACUGCAAGUAUCAGACCUAUGGCACCACCAUCAGGUGGGUCAGCCCAGCCACAGGGCUCGACAGUUGUAGUUGUGUCUCCUUUGGAAACUCACAGUGAUGGAAUGGUUUCAUCUACAGUGACUCUUCCUCAAGCCACAGUCACUCCAACUCCAGCCAUAUCUGCCCCAACACUGUUGACUACUGCAACUACUACACCAGCGUCAACACUUACAGCAACCGUUUCUCCCACACCUGCCUCGGCCUCGCUUACAACUCCCGUGGCUCCAGCUACCCCAUUGUCAUCAAACACAGCAGCUCAGUCUUCUCAGUCACUUACUGCUACACAGUCCACAUCAGUUAGCCAAUCAUCUGUCUCACAGUCGGCAGCAGCUCUAGAAGCGUCAUCAGCUUCACAGUCGUCUACAGUUAGUCAACCAGGUUCUUCCAUUAAACCCCCAGGUUUGCAAACUACUGUGGCUCCAUCAUCAUCAGUGGCUGUUCAGUCACCAGUAAGUAGUAAGGCAACUUCUGCGCAGCAGCCUGCAACUGCUAGUACAUCAGUAGUUACCCCAUUAGUGUCAGCAGCCACAGGGGUAUCAGGCUCAUCCAUGACUCCAACGAAGUCCCCAGGAACUACACCAUUAUCUAGACAGCAAGAGACCCUGGAAGGAACUGCUGAUGCUCUCGUGUCCCAAGCUAUUGCUCUUGUUACACCCCUCAGCUCCCAAGAAGCAGCUGGUCCCUCUGGUGUUAGCAUUCGAAAAAGGAAGUUAACGUCGACUACUGAGGCCUCUCCUGAUAUGAAGCGACCUCAUGUUGAUGACGAAGGCGCCAUGUCGUCCGAAGAUGCGGGACCGUCGUCGUCGCAUGCUAGCCGUGACAAAAGUGAAGAAGCCCGUCACGAUGUUAUUCUUUUAGAUUCAGAUGAAGAGGAUGGGAAUGAAGAUUAUCCCGAUCAAGGUGAUGACGAGGAAGACGACGAUGGACCUGUCGAUCAUGAAAGUCGUGGCCCGGCAGCUAGGGUUACAGACUCGGAUGAAGAUAUGGAUCAUGACGAUUCGAGUCGGGAAGCCAGCCAAGGAUUUGAAGCUGGACAGGAAACUCGGGAAGCAGAGGGGGACUUGGGAAAUGCAGAGGCAGAGGCAGAAGCUGCUUCUGAAGCCUCUAGUGGAACUAGGCGAGAGGUUGAAUCCCAGGAUGUACAGAGUGAAAGACCACAGCCAUCUGCUGGACCAAGUCAGCCUUCUUCAUCCAGUCAGGGAAGUGAGACUCCCUCUCAGACUGGUUCACGGGUUCUUGCAAUACCCAGACCAUUUGUACGUCAGGACAGGAUGAGCGCAGUUGGCCGUCAAACUUUGCCACCUAUCAGCCAGUUCUCUCAGUAUGAAGAAGGUGGUGAUGACAGCAUUGUUCCAUCUACGCCAACACUCUUUCUACCAAGACGGGAUGGCUUCUCAGAAGCUGUAAGCUCUCCCCAGGUUCCUUCAAGUGGAUUCGUAUUUGGCUCAAAUCCUGAUAUUGCGAAUCCAACUCAAAGAAGUGGCUUAGCUCAGAUGGCUGAGGGUGGUCUUAUAGAUGACACAAGAAUUGACCUUGGACAACUGGACGAAGGGAAUCGAUCCCAGCCUACUACUCCCUUGCAUCGAUCACCCACAGGCACUGAGGGAGGUGUGAGUACGAGUGAGGGGAGAGGCGCCGCUAGAGAGCCUCCCUCGGUCAUCAUCACUGGAGCUGAGCAGUCAAAUGACGAGGCCUCACAAGGAUCACAGGACCACUUCACAGAAGCAGACUCGAUGGCCAUUGCUGUGGAAGAUGGCGAUGAGGACGAUGACGAGGAGGAAUUGGAAGAUGCAGAAGAGGAGGAAGAGGAAGGGGAAGAGGAGGAAGAAGAAGAUCAAGGGGAUGAUGAUGGUGACUUAGAGGAGCAUGGUGAGGAUCAAAGUCAAGGGGAAUUAGAGGAACGUGGUAGCAGUGAUGACAGUAGUCAACCCUCACAAGAAGUUUCUAGCAUUCCUGGUCAUCGAAAUCGUAGAAUUACCCCAAUUACAUGGAAUGAUCAUCCCCAAAGAGGACUGAAUGCUCGUAGAGGCGCGGGACGAAGCCCCCUUGCUGGCCGUGGUGGAUCCAGGGGUGUGCUAAACAGAGAGAGGGCUGCAGGAGCAGGUGCUCAUGGCGGACGGGCAAGACGUUCGAGGCCUGGCACAUUCCACCGUGGAGUGCAUAAUUAAGCUUCAGUAACCUGCAUAUUUUUAAAUGACCUUUUCCUUUUAUUUUUUCUUGGAAUUAUUGCAAGUUUCUAUGAGAAGAUAUUUACUAUUUUUGUUAAAUUGUCUAUCUUUUUAGGUAAGAGUAAGUUUAAGACCAUGAGAAAAUUACUUGAAGCAUUAUCUUAUUUUGUAUUAGGGCUGUCCUAUUUUUUAUGUAAAUUUUAGUUUUAAGAUGAAUUUAAGAUGUAAGUUUUUGUAUAUAUUACAUAUAGCAGAGAACCACUAUUCUAAAGCCUCAAUGUUAUGUUCAUGAAGUCACUGAGGCUACAAUAUAAGUGAUAUAGCAAAGUGUUUAUGCUUUGGUAACGUGCUAAACUUCUUGCAUUUGUGCUAAAAACAUUAAAGUGAAGAUCAAGGUGUUUAAUGUUCAUUAAAUAAAAGAUCUCGAUGG